UGUUCAUUAAAAUGAACGGCCCACAUUCAAAGCCUUUGACCAUGUCACCUUUAUAAUCCGAAACCCUAGCUCUAGCUGUAGCUCAAUCUCAGUGCGAAGGGAAGCAAAGCGAAAACCUCAACACAGUCACUGCGUCUCUACGAUGGGGGCUUACAAGUAUGUAUCUGAGCUAUGGAGGAAGAAGCAAUCAGAUGUUAUGAGGUUCUUGCAAAGGGUGAGAUGUUGGGAGUACCGCCAGCAUCCUUCCAUUGUACGAGUUACCAGGCCUACACGCCCUGACAAGGCUCGCCGUUUGGGUUACAAGGCUAAGCAGGGUUAUGUGGUUUAUCGAGUGCGAGUUAGGCGGGGUGGUAGAAAGAGGCCAGUGCCCAAGGGUAUUGUCUAUGGCAAGCCCACAAACCAGGGAGUUACUCAACUAAAAUUCCAACGUAGCAAGAGGUCAGUUGCUGAGGAACGUGCAGGCAGGAAGCUGGGAGGUCUUCGAGUUCUGAACUCCUACUGGCUUAAUGAGGACUCCACUUAUAAGUACUAUGAGGUAAUACUAGUUGAUGUUGCUCAUAAUGCUAUCCGGAAUGACCCAAGAAUCAACUGGCUGUGCAAUCCUGUUCACAAGCAUAGGGAGCUACGUGGACUCACCUCUGCAGGCAAGAAAUACAGGGGAUUGCGUGGAAAGGGACACUUGCACCACAAGGCAAGGCCUUCUCGCAGGGCAACAUGGAAGAGAAACAACACCCUCUCCCUCCGUCGUUACCGCUGAGAUUUGUGCUGUGUUGUGUCUUGGCCGGUUUUUUCUGGAUAUUGUCUGGAGGACAUAGAAGUUAUUUUCGAUUUGAAAUUUUGAAGUAGCUGAAUCAUGUUAUCAUUAAAUGAGAUUUGCUAUUAAAUUUGAUAAUUUAUAUCCUGUUUCUGUGGCA